GAACGAGUUCUUGGCCUCAGGUUUUUGUAGUUCCUCGUUUUUCAUGUUCUGCUGAAAUUCAGCUUCAGAGAGCUGACACAGAGUUCAACAAAAGUGGAAUGCUACUGAUUCCACCACCCAAACUAAGAUCUGACAUUCUUGAAGGCAUGGCUGAGGAGAUCUUUAGGUAUGCAGCAUACCCCACUGAUAAUCAGCUUGAUCAGGCAGCUGAAGCCUUGAUAAAUGCCCACCCUUGCUUGAGGGAAAAAGGAACUCGCACUGGCCAUGAAGGAUGGAAACACUACCUAAAGAUUAAGAUGGCUAAUUUUCGCUCUAAACUCCGAAAUCGCUGUGAACUCUCUUUGGAACAAGCGCAAAGGUCAGGGUAAAGCAGCAUCAAACAUCAAAAAGCCAAAAAAAGCUGAGGUGAAUUUCCUUCCUUGCCUUCCAAAAGGAGAAACAGCAGAAAGCAUGGAGAAGGAAAGAAUAGCGCUCUUAACUGAAGUGAAAAAGAAAAAUAAUGAGGCAGUCGUUAAGGAAAAAAUGCACUUGACCUUCUCCUAUAGGCGGCAAGAGUUGGUUGAGGACUUGCCAAUGGUUUCUGAUUUACAAAGCAGGUGGCCUGCGCUGUACACAGUAAAUGAAAUAAACGCAGAAUUCAUGCGGAUAACGACUGUGCCGCUUCUGUCAAAGUUCUUGGCGCAGCUGGACAAAUACACUGCUACUCUGCAGAAGGUUUUCAGCAGCAAAGGAGGUGCUUCUGGACAGAAGAUAUUACGCAUUAUGGUUGCUGCAGACAAGUGUGGCGACAUACACAUUAAACGAGAUUGUGUCAUUCAGAGUCUGUGUGUGUACCUCAACGAGGACAUGACAACAGUCAUCAAAGAAUUCCAGGACUGCAACCCAGAAGAAGCAGAAAUAGGAAUAUCUGAGACCACUCUGGGGCUUUUUGUGAUUCGCAAAGAAGGUGCUGGUGCUGAGGAUGAGCCGGUUGAUGUUGGAGUUGUGAUAGAGGGUGUAAAGCUGCUACAACACUUAAAGAGUAUUUCCUUUGGAUUAGUAAUGCUCUUCGGACUGAUCUACGCUCUCAACUUAAGCUACCCUCAAAGUCUCAAGUUCACAUUUGAAUUCUUCCAGAAGGUACUGAUGAAUUUAGAUGGCAGCAAGCUUUCCCCAAAGGUUCAAGCGCUUAAAAUUAAAAUGUUUCAGUGAAUAGGACAUUCAUUGUUUGCCUACAUGUUUCCAACAACUGGAGGGACAUUGGAAACUUUUAAACUUUUAGACAAGAAUGCCCUGAAAGAUAUAUUUUUACAAACUGAUGACACUAACUCCAGCAUGCAAGAGACUGCACUUUCCUGCUUCCUGUAACUCUGAAACUUUUGAUACAGGAGAUGUUACCCAUAUUGCUAUUGAGUCCAGGAAGUCAACUUAUCUGAUCACUCAUUUUCCAGUAGCAUUGAGAUGGUCUUGAGUUACGUCUCCAGUUCUUUGCCCUUGUUAUAGUAGUUUCUCGUUUUUCAUGUUCUGCUGAAAUUCAGCUUCAGAGAGCUGACACAGAGUUCAACAAAUGUGUAAUGCUCCUUAUUCCACCACCCAAACAAAGGUCUGACAUUCUUGAAGGCAUGGCUGAGGAGAUCUUUAGGUAUGCAGCAUACCCCCUCUGCAGUGAGUAGGACACGUUUUGCUGGCCUAAAUGCUGAAAUGUGAAAAACUGUUACAUGUAUUAAAAAAGUGUUGAAAACUUGAUAUAUGU